AUGCACUCGGGGCAGCUCUUUUAUUUAUUGGCAGGUCUUGCCGCCGCCGUUGCGGAUGAUACAAGCAGUACACAGGCAGAUCAAUCGUCCGCGUCGGCAACCCCCACUUUCGACGUCGAAAUCCCUGACACCAAGGGCAACCCAUUUAUUCAUACCACAACACUUCCAGAGGGCACGUUGUUUAUCAUUUUUGGAUCAGUUCUACUGGCCAUCAUAGUUGCGCUGAUCGUAUGGCGUGUUACGUCGGUUAUCAUGAUGCGGAGGACGAUCAAACGGGGUGGCCAGUUCCAGACUUUGGAGAACACUUAUGGCGGGCCGUUUGUUGACCCUGUAGCCGAUGGCGACGGCACAGAACUACCACCUACCAUUGACAAAAAGGCUGAAUCACGGAACCGCGACAAGCAAAUACGGCAAAGUAUGUUUUUCUCCCCCACAGCUCAGGUUAUGAACUCGGGCAACGUGUCUCAGCCAAUGGUUGCCUCAAGCUACUUGCCUGCAGGCUACUAUUCCCAGCCACAAACCAGCGAUACAAGCUCUCAGAGGCGGCCGUAUUCCGUCGCAGGCUCUAUGAGGGCUCCUUCUAUAGCGGUGGGCAGUACUGCAGACAAUGGACGUCGGGUCCGCCAGCGGCCGCCUUCUAUGAUGCUUGAUGAACUUAUUAGCCGCGAGCAAAACGUUGCAGAAUAA